AUGAAUCCAACUUCAGAAAUUUCGGCAUUGGCUCCCAGUGAAUCCUCAACUGAUCCAACAUUGCAAAAAAAGGAAGAGAAUGAGGAGAACUCGGAAGAUAUUCUUGAAUUGAAGAUUCCGGGAGCUUGCGCGAGAAUUCUCAAAAAUCUCUCACUGUUCCUCAUUUUUCCGAAAAUUGCGAUUCUCUUGUUCGUCUACUUCACGGUGUACUCGAUUUUUCAGUUUUGGAGUCUUUUCGGAUGGUAUACGGUAGGUUUUGCUGGAUUCGCAAUGCUCAUUUGCCUUUUGAUUGUUGUUCAUGAGAUAAUAUCGAGAGAGACCGUUUUUGCCAGCAAAAUUGGCAUCUAUUUUUGGUUUUUCGCGCAGUUUUUGGCGUUUUUGGCGAUUUUCGGCCUGGCUUCCGUGUUUUAUUUGAACACUUUCACCGAAUUUUUCGCCAUAAAUUUCAAACAAAAUUUUUUGAGAGGAAUGGAAGAAAAUGAGCCAAUUGAAAUCCACCAAUUUCAGCAAAUGUUUGAAUGUUGCGGUGUUCCACUUCAUGGCCACCUAAAAUGGAAUAAGACGACAGUUUCGUUGAAAAAUCCAUUUUCUUCCUGGUUUUAUUAUACAAUUCUUGAUGAGACCUAUAUAGAUGAAGCCAAUGUCCUUUUCACUCUUCCAUGGUCGUGUUGUAGGGACACAUUGAAUUGUGAGCACGCCGUCUUUGAGAGAAUCACUAAUAAAAUGAAUUCGGAUCGUGAAAUUGAUGAUAGUUCAAUUGCGAAUGAAUUGCAUAUUGUCGACACCGCUUUGGGAACUCGCGUGUUAAAUGAUGCCUUAAAAGGGAUAUUCUCGAGCUCUUGUGAUGAUCAAGCAUGGAAUGAGCUGCAUCGAAUCGGAGCUCAAUUGAGUGUUGCGCUAAUGGCAAAUUGCUUGCUCGUAGUUGUCUCGACACUGUGCUCGUUCGCCGCUCGUCAACUCAUCGUCGGCUGA